GGAGCGCACUCUGCUCUCCGAAAGGAGAGGACAGGCCUCCGAGGGGACACGUGAAAACGCGCGCUUCUCUGACAGCUCGCGCUCGCGCCGUGGCGCGCGACGCGUGCACGUCAUGUUCGCGAACUCUCUCUCUGUCUUCUCUCUCUCUCUCUCUCUCUCUCUCUCUCCCUUUCUCUCGUUCUCUCUCCCUCUCUGUGUUCCUCUCUGUCUCUCUCUCCCUGUUUCUCGUACACGCGCGUUUCCGGCAGCCGCGAUAUUAUAAAUCGAGACUGCGACCUUGCGCGGCCGCGACUUUUUGGCAGCGGCUUUCGAAUCGCGCGCUACGCGCCGUGACGUGCACGCGCGUUCGAAAUAGUCCGGCUUCCUCCCCGGCUUCGUCUUGCAAGCGGAAAGGCCUAGCCAGAAAAACACACGGCGCGAUAGAUAGCUAGAGGGGCGGCGGAGACGGCUAGAGGGAGACGGAGGAGAGGAGCGCGAUCUCAGGAUGUACGCUUUUGGCACGGGCGCGCUCGCGCGUGCCAUGACAUCGCGCUACGCGACGCGCCGCGACACACACGUGACAAGUGAACAGUGCAACGCGCGUAGCGACGACCACGAGGAGAGACGCCGAGGAGGUGAACAACUCGCGGCUUCCGUCGCCGCGACGCUCGUCGCGGGGCUCGUCGAGCUCGACGACCUGGCUCUUCUCGUGAAAAAAGCAAAGAGAAAGAGAAAGAAAGAGAGAGAGAGAGAGAGAGAGAGAGAGAGAGAGAAAAUGAAAGCGUAAUAGCGCGCUGAGACACCGACAGGUGGACGUCACGUCGGAAAAGUGCGACGGAGCCCGGGAAUAUGCACGGGACGCGUGUUCUUUGCGAAAGGGGCAUACUGCGGGAGUGCGUGUCCCGCGAGCCGCCAACGCGGCCGGACGAAAAUACAUCACGUGCGUCGGGAAAUUGACGAGAGGGAGACGGAGAGGCAGAUAGAGAAACAGAGGCGGACUCGUUGGGAGGGAGGUAAGACGCGGGAGGUCGAUUUGCGCGAUGAGGGAGUCGCGACGGGACGAUCGGCGAGGAUGAGCGUCGUCGGGGAUGUGCGAGCAGAGGUAAAGCGCGACGGUCCCGAGGAGAUCCAGGUCGACCCUAGGACGGCGCGCUCUCACGCUCCUAGAAAUCGGAGAGGCCGUCUCUCAACCAUCCGUGCGUCCAGCAGGGUUGCGGGGUGCAGUUCAGACAUGGGAAGUGAGCAUUACUGCCUGAGGUGGAACAAUCAUCAGAGCAACUUGCUGGGUGUGUUUAGUCAACUGCUGGAGUCGGAGUCGCUAGUGGACGUGACACUGGCGUGCACGGAGGGACCGUCGAUACGCGCUCACAAGGUAGUCCUCUCCGCGUGCUCCAGCUACUUCCAGGCCCUGUUCCUCGACCAUCCGAACCGCCACCCCAUUGUCAUCCUAAAGGACGUACGUUUCACCGAGCUACGUACCCUCGUCGACUUCAUGUACAAGGGCGAGGUAAACGUCGAGUACUGCCAGCUAUCGGCCCUGCUCAAGACAGCGGAGAGCCUCAAGGUUAAGGGUCUAGCGGACAUGACGAACAUCAACGCGGCGGUAUCGUCCAGGGACGAGCAGCAGCAGCAGCAGCAGCAACAGCAACAGCAACAGCAGCAACAGCAGCAGCAGCAACAGCAGCAGCAGCAACAACAGCAACAACAACAGCAACACACAAGCGCCUCCGACUCGUCGCGGGAACAUCAUCGGGAACGAGAGCGGGAGCGAGAACGAGAACGAGAACGAGAGCGGGAGCGAGAGAGCACAAAGGAGACCAGCGGCAAGGACAGAGAACGAGAGUCGAGCGUCGCCGGGGUGACCGUGGCCGGCGGCGCUAAGGAAUGCGAGCAACAGCAACCGAGCGUCGCUCAAAGCGCCCCCAGCGAGCCCGCGGAGGCGGUAGACAUGACGGAGUGUCCGUCGUCACCCACGGCACCCGGUAGCCCGUGUCCGGGACCGCUCGCCCUCGACCGGCCGAGGAGGGACUCCGAGGACGCGGCCAGCCUCGAGGAGACUCGGGGCUCCCUAAGCCCAAUCUCGGUGCACAGCGGACCAUCCGACAUGAGCCUCAGCAACAACACCGGCGGCGGCGGCGGCGGUGCGCCCGGUGUGCUGCCGUUGAACCUACCGCAGAGCCGGCUUCCGUCCCCGCACAGUACUGAGCCCCUCGCCGGCCCGUCGGGCUUACCCCCGGUCCAGCAAGUUCCGCUCUCCCUGAAAAAAGAGAUGGACUGGGAAAGGUCGGCCGAGGAGCGGAGCGCGAGCAGCGAGAUAUCCACAGAUUACAGACUUCCGCCAGAUCCGGUCUCGCUUGCCCUUGGUCUGGAAGCGGGCGGCUGGGGCGCGCUGGUGGAGCGGACGAGCGGUGGUGGCGGCGGUGGUGGCGGCGGCGGCACCCUGAUCGGCCACGGCGGCUUCACCGGCCUGGCCGGGCUGGCGCGUCGCUGCGGCGUCUGCCUGGCGACGUUCCCGUCGCCGUGGCUGCUGGAGCGGCACGCGUUGCUGCAGCACGCCGGUCAAACCAACGACGACAAGCCGUUCACAUGCGAGCAGUGCGGCCAGCGAUACCGCUACCGGUCCGCCUACGUGAAGCAUCGCGAGCAGAACCACCGGGCGCGGCUGCCGGCCGACAAGCUGUUCACGUGCGACGUGUGCGGCAUGCAGUUCAGGUAUCUAAAGUCCUUUAAGAAGCACCGUCUCAACCACGCGCUCGAGCGACUGCAACGCGCGCCCGAGCCGCAGAGCGUCGUCGUGGUCUCGGCGCCAGCCGAGCGCAGCGAUCAGGUCUCAAGUACCGGCGAGCCGUCCCAGGUGGAAACCGGCAGCGAUACCACGACGAAUCCGGGCGACGCCGAGGAGAUGCGCGGCGUGUUCUCCGAGAACGCCCGCGACGAGAGCAUCUCGGAGACCGCGAGCGUUCAGGAUAAUCCCGGCGACGCGGUGGAAGUGCAGGAAACACCUGCGGGUAACGGUGGUGGUGGUGGUGGCGGCGGCGGCGGUGGUGGUGGUGGCGGCGGCGGCGGCGGUGGUGACGUUGGCGUUGGUGGCGUCGGCGUCGGCGGUGGCGGUACCAGCAGCGAGAUCGGCGACGUGGACGACAACGUCGUGGACGACGUAGACCGGCACGAGUCAACCGAGGCGAUCAUCGGCCUCGCGCGCGGCAAUCGCGAGGCCGACCGGCGCGAGCGUCGCUUCGCCUGCCCGUUCUGCGGCAAGUGCGUGAGGUCGAAGGAGAACUUGAAGCUGCACGUGCGCAAGCACACCGGCGAACGGCCGUUCGUCUGCCUAUUCUGUGGCCGCGCCUUCGGCGGCAAGAGCGACCUGACCAGGCACCUACGCAUCCACACCGGCGAGCGGCCCUACCACUGCGAGAUGUGCGGCAAGUGCUUCGCCCGCGCCGACUAUCUCUCGAAGCACCUCACCACGCACAUCCAUCAGCGCUAACGCAACUCGACUCGACCCGACGUUCCUCAUUCUUCGCGCUCCGCUCGGCGCGAGCCAUCGCGACUCGAGGGCUAAUCUUGCACAGUCGCGCGAAUUGUCGGGAAUGUUGGGGCGAGCCUCUACCGUGGUGGCGCGUCGAGCAACACCGAGCACCGUCGCGGCCAAUUAAAUGUCCGACUGUAAUUAUUUUUCUUCGACGGACUCGUCGGAAAAGAUGCGUAAAGGAGUCGGAAUCUUAGUAAUCUUCGGCGCUACUUCAUCGGUGGAAACGACUCUCCCUCUCUUUUUCUCCCCCUCUCUUUCUCUCUUUAGAAUAUCGUGUUAAAAUUCAAGUUUUCAGUAUCUUUCAUUCCACCGUCCGCGAUCGUGAGAUUAUCCCUCGAGUCUCGGUCGACUACGGCUACUGUUGAUGAUGCUCAGCUCGUCCUAUCCCGCGAGGAACAUGAGUACCGGGUACGAAUACACGGCGAAGAAAGGGGAACCGGAGGACGAAACGAACCGCGCGUCCAUCCAUCGCUGUCGGCCCAAGAUAAGACGCGUCAAUUACGGGAAAGAAAGAAAGGGAGAAUGUAGCGAAACGCGCGCGCGCGCCACUACCACCGCUGCUGCUGCUGCUGUUGCUGCUGCUGCUGCUGCUGCUGCGACCCCUACCAGCACGUCUGAUGCUUUCUCAGCUACGAUAGUGAGACUAACUUGUGAUAAGGAUAUGACGAAACCAAGAGGAAAACGAGAAAAAGAACGAAACCAAAGAACGCAACGACGCGGCCGGCGAAAGUCGACGGUCAAGGCUUCCUUUUGUUGUCUUCUUCGUCUUCGUGCUCCAUCGAAAAGUGAUAUAUUUGUAACGUAAUAGCUACUCUCGAUAUACUCGAUGUGUACUCGAUAUGUAAUAUAAUUCGCGAUAAUGCCGCGUGCGAUAACGAUAAUUUCACUCUACGCGAGCUCCGUGCAGACGCGAACACGUCGACGGAUAUGUUUUUUUUUCUUUUUCACAUGGGUGAGGAUCCGCGUCGCGCAUCCUGCGACUUCGCGUUCAGCCCGACCACGUGUGGCGCGGCUAAACUCGAGCAGAUCGGCCUCAAAGUUGACAGAAAGAGGAAUUAAAUUUCAAAUUAUCCACGCAGACGUCAACAUCCUCAUAUCUCUCAGUUCGAUAAUCCAUCAGAAUUGACCGUAAAUUCCACGGUCUCAGUUUAAAAAUUACUUCUCUUUAUACUCUUGGGCCCGUAUUAAUAGUUGUCACUUGAAACUUGUUUCACGUGAGAUACUCACAUUUUUGUACAGUUGGAUUCAAGUUUUUUAGUUGAAUUAUAUGUUGUAGAGUUGAAUCCAAGUUUUUCAGUUGAAUUAUAUGUUAUGUAUUCGUAUCUCUAAUCGUGAUUCAACUAGAAAACUGUCUCAUCUAACCUUGAAUUAAAAUCUGAGUAUCUUACUUAAAAUGAGUUUCUAAUAGAGGCCUUAAUUAAGUGGAUUAAGACUUUUUUACAAUGACCGCAACGUAGGCCGCAAUGCUAGGAAAGGAAAUAUCGUUGCAAACAUUCGUAUAAAUUGGCGUCGUCUUCCAACCGCUGGCGCAUAAAAGCUGCGCUAUUAACGCUUCUGAUUGAAUCUCGCAAUGCCAGACAAGCUUCGCAGUCGCAACAAUCGAAAUUGAACCGACUGUUGCGAUAAGUUUGCGAUCAUCGUCGCGAUGAGUGUUGCGACCGACAUUGCGAGCAUUGUAAAAGAGGUCCUCGCGGAACUCUUCAGCUCGAUCCUUCCGCCGCGAAAAAUAACACAGUGUAGAUUCUCGAUGAUUGAUGCACGCGUGCACGACGUGUGACGGGAACCGAGAUGAGUUAUUUAAAGAAUUUUGCGACACUCACAUGAGACAUUUUAGCUUAUUAUAUUCAGUUAGAAACGAAGCACGCAAACGAUUGAGUAACUUUUUCCGGGUCGCUUGAUUAAUCUACCUUUGUCGCGAACAUGCAUAUAUAAAGAGAGAACGAAACUCGAAAUAAAACUGCACAUCGCGGUGGGAAGGAUCGAUGAAUUGAGGAUACUAUGACGCAACGAGAGACAUUUCAAGUGUGGCACAUAGAGACGCGUCGUGAGAGCUCUGUGACAAAUUUUUAUACUUAUUAAUCCUCCAUGGACGAAUUACAUUUAUCCGAGCUUUAGCGAGAAUUAAAUUAACGAGUAUUUGUUUCUAUAAUUGGGGGCAUAGACUUAUAUAUAUAUAUAUAUAUAUAUAUAUAUAUAUAUAUAUAUAUAUAUAUAUACACACAUAUAUAGACUGCGCCUUCUUAUGAGAAGUUUGAAGACAGCUGUAUUUCCCUUCCUCUGUCAGAUAUUUCAUCAGAUAUUUCAUCUUUGUCUAGCUUGACUCCUAGCUGGAGGAAGAACGAAAUGUUCAAGACGAUGAAAUGAGUCAAGCUAGACAAGUCUGAAUGCCUGUAUUAACAGGACACAUUUGUUUAACUCUUCGCAAUCUCUUAUUGAACGCUAAAUCUAUAAUUGGGAGUAAAAAUGUAGAAAUGAGCACGAGAUAUAUACGUCUCCAUGUCGUCAUAUCUCGUUUGACAUCGGCAAGCGGGUUGUCCCGAAACAAAUCUGAAAGAAAGGGAUUCGCACAGCUACGACUUGAAGACGCCACUUUCAAAUUUUCCAUCAGUCUGUAGGGGAUUAAAACUAUUCGACGAGCGACGAGCUCUCGCGACGGAGGGGGAUUCAGCAGGAUUCGCGACGAUCGGGACACGUCGCUCAUCGUCGACGACACGAUCCGUGUGAAACGACGUGUUCGACGUUGGCACCGAACCGGGGGGAGGGACGAGGAGGAACCUCCCGGAAAGCGUUGCCGGUGCCUUCGAAUUCCCGAACGAAUGAAAUAAUCCUUUCUGAUGCGAAUAGCAAUAAUAGUAUCUUCCGUUUCUCCCGUACGUGUGUCAGACACCAGCGAUAUUUAGGUUCGUCGUCGGGAGCCGCGAAGUAGCGUCUUGUUGCACGGUCUAUAUUCGGUCCUUCCAAGUUCUCUCCCUAGUCGCUAUCCACUCUCUUAGUAUUUAUAUAUAUGUAUAUACGACACACAUCAACAGACACACACACAUACACACACACACACACACACACACACGUACACAAAAUAAUGACACGUUGUCCAGUAUGCGCGAGCGCAGAACGAGAGUGCCGGCUCAUUCUCUCGGGAUUGGUCUCGUAAGUAGCUUUAAUUUCUGACCACUUCACAACCAAGUCCGAUCGUGUCUCGUUGCGAAAGAAAAAGGUGAGACGGAGGGGAAGGAGGGAGAGAAAAGUAGAGGUAGAGAGCGUUUCUUAGGAGUACUCGAUGGAUCAUUUACGAGGCCGGAUCCCCCACUCGGUCAGAAUACUUAGCUCUUAAGUGAUAUAGUGUACUUGCUGCUCUGUGUACGCGCACUCUCGAAAGUACGCGAAACGAAGUUGAAUAACGAAGGUGCUACUUAACGAAUAGGGUUGAUCGCCAGAUGCCGGCCGGCCGGUGCUUCUAACCGAAACCAAACGCGAGAACAGAAAGAGAGGAAGAGAAAGAAAGAAAGAGAGAUAGAGAGAGAAAAUAAGGAGAGGAGAGCUGUCAGCGAAAAGAGAGAGUGUCGCCAGUUGAUGUCUACCGUGCCAAACAAAGAGAACUGUUUAAAAAAGAGAGAGUAGAAAGACAGAGAGAAAGAAAGAGAGUGAGGGAGAGAGUGAGAAAAGAGAAUCUAUUCCGUCGGGCGAAAACUCAAUUUCCCUCCAAGACCGGCCCGGUGCUGCGAUAGGCCAAUUUAGUCGUAAUUAGACUGUAUGGUACUGUCUCGAUAAAGAGAGAGAUGUAAUUUAACAAUUAAACAAUAUGUCGAUGCGUCAUCGGUGCGAUGUCGUCGCACAGUCGUCCCCUUCAGCGGCGGCGGGAUUUUAUUAAGAUAACGAGAAACAUUAAGAGGAACCAUGUCCAACGAAUGUCAACGAGUUUCGCGGCGAGACGCGGGAGCCUCGCUCGCGUUCGCACCGUUUCAAUUUCCCACUUCUCGCCGGUAUAGCCAUAUAUACAUAUAUAUAUAUAUAUAUAAAUAUAAUGUACUCGUCCGCUUUAAUCGCCGGACGUACGUGGUCCUCGCGCAUUGCGAUCAUUCGAGCCUCGCGUUCGCGGGCCUCGAGGAGCGCAGACUAGAAGAUUAAAGAAAACCGUUCCAUGACGCCUGACGCCCCUGAUCGUUAGUCCGACCGCAACAUCCGCCCACUGCCGUUCCAUUUCCACUCCGCGUCCGUCGGAUUCACCGUUACCGCCGAUUCGGCUGACUGAGGGAAAACCGUGAGUCGGGACCGUCUUGAACAAUUGGAAAAUCGGGAGUCAAUCGGCGUACAAGACCCCUUUCCCCAACAGAAAAUUUCUUGAGAGCGAGCCCGACUCCUCCCGAAUAGUUCUGAUUAGAAGCAUGUUUCAAACAUGUGAUCCUAAGUGGGGAAACCCAAAGUUUUCCCAAUACUCUCUCUGGUCUUCAUUUUUACAUUAAAACUGAAGAGAGCAUAUGUUGAUUCUUUCUAAAUAAUUUCAUUAUUCAGUAGAGCAAUCAAAGUGUUUAAAACAAAUGUUAUUUUUUAUUCUAUUGAAUACAACAGUUGGUAUAACAAUGGAAUUUCCUGUUUAAUACUAUAUAAAAAUAUAUCGACGUUAUCGACUGAGAAAAACGUAACUUUAUAUAACUUUUGUUUCUUGAUUCUAGACGGAGAAUCCGUGUUUAGGAUAAGAGAAUGGUAAUUUCCAAUUGGUAACCGUGGAGUAACCAAUUUUGAGACAAAAUUGGGUAUCCUAAUCGGAAUCUGUGCUAUAUCUGGGAAAAUCUUGGGAACUUCCUAUACGAGACGAAAAUGUUCGUGCGAUUGAAAUCUGCAUAGUGAACUUUGCGAAGUGUCUCUCGCAGGAAGAAAGCGGCCUCGGCGAACACCCUUGGUGUUCCAGCAUGAAGUCGCGCGCGAUGUUCGACUCUCGGGUUCUCCAUUUACGUCCUCUGAGCUGCCGCGACAUCUCGAUUCGUGGCGAUCUCGCGGCACUUGAGCCGCCACGAGUUCCCGCCCGAUCUCUCGACGGUCCCGGGAGUUUUUAGCGUUCGUGUGUGAAAUUUCAUCUCGUUUACGCCAAGGAUUCGAUCUCGACCGUUGCAGAGACAAAAAGGGAGGGGAAGAGAAGGAGAGAAAGAGAGAGAAAGGGAGGUUCGCGCGAUCUCGCGAUUGCGACUCGAGUCGCAGCGGAACUCGAUAGGACGAUAGCCACAGUGCCAAACGAUUAUUCUGUACUAAAGUAGAACGGUAAGGCGAUGAAGCCGCCUGCGACCGUAUACACCGCGACGACACGCGAAUACAGGCGAGGAAGCAAUUUCGGAAGCGCUCGCCGCUUUCCGAAUUCGGUUGGCCCUUCGCUCUGGAAGAUGGGAACGAAUGAAAGUAUACCCGAAUUAAACCGGCCGCACCGGACACGUAGUAGCGGUGCUCGCGUUCGAGCGUAAUAACGCUAAACAGUAACUACGCGACAAUCUAAUCUCGUUUUGCGGAACGUUACGGCGGGACGCGUUGUGUUACUCCUAGUUACCGUAUUAAUUGUAUUUUGUAGACAGUACGACUUCUCCCGGACCAGUUGGCGGCGCUUCGUCGAAUUAACUGACUCGGAUGUAGCGCGGCCAAUACCGCGACCGUCGAUUCUUCCCUGACUCGUGCGACACGUAGACGUCGAAGUCACGGAUGGGGAACGUACACAUUCUUUCGAUUCGAAGGAAGAAUGUGAAUCGCUAACGAAGGUACCUUGAAGUAACGAUCGUACGAUGUGAUAUUUUAGUACUGUGCCAGGCGUUUAGUAUACAUGUGUGUGUAUGUAUAUAUAUAUAUAUAUAUAUAUAUAUAUAUAUAUAUAUAUAUAUAUAUAUAUGUACACAGAAUGCCUAACGCAAGACACGCCAACGUACGUGUAUACGUAGAUUAGAUCAAACUGAAGACACAAUUCCUCCAUCAUUCUGCCAAAAACCACGUAAAAUUUUGAGUUAUUAAUUAUUGAAGAUUGAUCACGAACGAUCAGAUGAAUUGUGAUGGUUACGACAUCUACCGUCGUGUGUUUGUAGAUGAGCUCAAACUGAAAAAAAACGUCCAAUUUUGCAAAUAGUCACGUAGAGAUUUUCAGUUAUUAAUUAAAGAAAAUUUGAUACGUUAUCGCACUAAUCAUGCGCGAUUCUUCUUUUAUUUAAAGCGUCGAAUCUUCUUUAAUUAAUAACCAAGCAUCUACAUGGUUAUUUGCAAAAUAGAAUAGCGGACUUUUUUGUUCUAUUUAAUCUAAUGUACAGGCAUAUGGUGGCAAAUGAUCGUCAUUACAAUCCAACUGCCAUAUCACGCGUGAUCGUUCAUAAAUCUUCCUUGAUUAAUAUCUUCUUUUUUGAUUAACACAAAAUCAAAAUUUUACGAGAUUGUUUGAAAAAUGAUAGAAGAAUUUUUUGUCCAGUUUGACGCAAUUUAUCUGUACCCGUACGUCGACAAGUCUUGCGUCAGAUACCUUGUGUGUGUGUGUGUGUGUGUGUAUAUAUAUAUAUAUAUAUAUAUAUAUAUAUAUAUAUAUAUAAAAUACAUAU